UCCUUUCAUUUUGCUCACAGAGAAAUGGGAAAUCGUAAUAUGCCCCCCGGAUUAUUCUUGUUUAUGGCACCAGGUCAGUGAGAGUGGCCGUCGGUCGAGUGGAUACAUUUUGAUUGUUUUAUGGGAGACCUUCGGUCAGUGCGCACAUGUGUAAAUAGUAUACUUCGUGUUUAUUCCUUACAGUCACUUUAAAUAGGACAGUUUAUUGCAAAAAUGUCUUCUUUUCAGAGAUUGUUGGUAUAAUUACAUCAGUGAUGUUUGUGUGUUCAGGGGAUUAUUAGACUUGUCAGUUACGCCGGCUUCUGGAUUUUGAUUUACUGUGAGGUUCUCUUGUACACACACUGGAGUAGAUUUUUAUCUAGAGAAUUUAAUGUGAUGGUCAUUCAAGAGGAAUUAUUCUAAUCACCACCAAAGAUACUGGAUAUCUUUGCCUAUAACAGUGUGUCUUGAUCCAAUGGAGAGGAUAUCCGUCAUGUCUUACGGAGAAAAACAAAUGGGAUCACCGCUAUGUCCAAACAAUCCGGACUUUCGCCGGGGUGACGGCAGUUAUAACAAUCUGUUACAGAGGAGUCCGAAACCUCUCAACUCCAGUUUGGAAUCUCGGCUGUCUCCACGUGUUAAAGUCGGCGUGGAAUUAUCUAUUCUUAAAUCAAACUCCCCCAUGGCGAGGGAUAACAAAAUGAUCACAGGGGGUCAUUACAGAGGGGGUUCCGAUCUCUCUUCUACCCACGGGCCUCUUCCAUCCACCCCUUCAAUCACAGACACAGAAUCGGACUCCAAUGGAAUGUCUAAUUCAAAUUACGAUCAAAGGAAGAACCAGCUGCAUGCUUAUGUAGCAUGGGUAAACUCACAGUUAAAGAAGAAGCCGGGAGUGAGGCAGAUCGAGGACCUCCGUAAUGACAUGAGGGAUGGGGUGGCCAUAGCAGAGCUCAUUGAGAUUGUUUCGGGUGAACAUUUGGGUGGAAUACACAGCUGUCCGUCCUCUACAGCAGAAAUGAGAGAGAAUGUGGACAGAGUGCUGCAGUACAUGGCUGCCAACCGUAUCCGCAUGCAUCACACAAACGCCAAAGAUAUUGUGGAAGGCAAGUUAAAGAGCAUUAUGAGGCUGAUUUUGGCUUUAGCUGCUCAUUUCAAACCUCAGUGUGUCAAACAUUCCACUCACCAAAGACGGCUGUCGGGAUCUGCCAUGACCGGUCUUGUUCAGGGAGCUUCUGCAGCUUUGACGGAGGCUCGCAGAAAUGCAGCAAAGGCCGGUAAUAGCUUCAGACGCAACCGACCACCUACUAACUAUGCUGAUCGCAGGAAAACGUAUCAUGGCAGUAGUUCUGACCAGUUCAGUGAUUCAGACCAGAGUUUUGGGGACCAGCAGAAGACCCUAUUGGGUCGAGAUGAGGGGGAUGGAGCCAGUGCAGACAAGAGUCCCCUAUCUAGUGCACGUAUACCCAGCACCCUGACCCAGCAUCCAGCGGCAAGGGGAAUGUCAUCCUCACUCUCCAAAAGUCAUUCCUCAGACCAAAUAUCAGGUAUUUGGCAAAGAGCAAAGGACAGUGGAACCGAGUUAGAGGAUUCUGGGUCCAACUUAGUCGAGCGUUCUCAUUUUGAUGACUUGGUGACGGAGUACAUUGAUGUGUAUGAGGAUAUGAAACAUACCAAAGAUGAUUUACUGAAACUACAGGACCUGUUACUGUGUGGGGAACCACCAGACGGGGAGGAGGGAGACAAGUCUGUGUUGAUGGGGUCUAGUCCAGAGGAGCAAAUUGCAAUAUUAAAGAGUCAGCUGUUACAGUCUACAAUAAUACAGAAUGAUUUACGAGAGGACCUGUCUCGGACGAAGAAUGAGUGUAUGCUACUACAGGGAAACAAGGGGGGAAUACAGCAGAGGUUAACAGAACAAGAUGAGACGAUCAACCAACUGAAGCAAGAAAUAUUACGGAGAGAUUUUGACAAGCAAAACUCAGAAUUAGAAAAGAUUGAAUUACGAAAGAAUAUGCAAGAAAGAGACAAAUCAGUUUUAGAUUUAAAGAAAGAGAUGGCCAGAAGAGACCAGCGGAUAGACCAGCUCCAGAAUGAGCUACAGAUGCAGAUCCAGGAGAAAGAGUCCAUUACCAGGGCCCUGAAACAGCAGAUCUCCGAGCUACACGACCGGCUGAGGGUUGUAGGGGAACAUGGGGCCACUUUAAAGGCCAGAGUUGCAGUGCAAGACAAAAGAAUGGCAAAGUUAGAAGGAAAGAUUUUGUCAUCUUCUGAUCGGGAUUCCUCCGUUUCCUCACAGGGCAGUGUAGAUGAUCUCCAGGUGGUGAAGGAUUCACUAAGCAGUUUACGGGUGUGUUUUAAGGGAGGGGACCCACAACUCCACACGCUGGACACCCUGGAACACAGUGUCUCAGCUCUUCUAGAGAAAAACCAACAAAACAACAGUACAUCAAGUAAUGGAAGCCAUCAGAAUUCCUACAGCAGCAAUUCAUCGCGGCGAAUGAACUUUGACUGUACGGGUGAUGUACGGAGAUCCCCUAUCACAGCCAUACCAGGUAGUACAAGUUUCUCAGUCAAUCAAUUAGAUGGACCACCUAAUGGAAACAUAGGAAAGGGCCAGAACUCCACCAAAGUGCUCUACUUCACGGACAAGACAGUCAAUCCUUGCAUGUGUACAAUCCAGAAAAGACUAGGGGAAAUAACUCUGAAAGACUUUAAACAAAUCCAUGAUAAGAGUUCAGGAAACUACCGAUAUUCUUUCAAAGCUCUGGACCCGGAGUUUGGAACAGUGAAAGAGGAAGUGAUGAAUGACGAUGACAUUAUUCCUGGUUGGGAAGGGAAAAUUGUCGCAUGGAUUGAAGAAGACACCGGAUAGCAGCCGAGUGAGAAGACAGAUUCUAUAAUGGCUAUCGUGUUCUUGUGAUACCUCAGCUUUCUCGUCUAUCCUGCCUAUGUUUGUUGAUCCUUAAACUUUGUUAUGUUUUAUUUGUGCUCUUUUACUGUUAUCAAAGCAAGUCAUGCUUUGAGAUUUUGGGCUCAAUGGGCAAAAUAUUUUGCUAAUCAUAUUUGUUGUGAAGGUUAUCAAUGUCAAAGGUUUUUAUAUGAGACAAGUGCUUCCAGAAAAGAAGCAUAUAAUUACAUGAAAAGCAUGUCUCAUUAUUGCAGAAAGUUAUCUUGGGAAAGGAAGAGGGGAGGUUACAUAUUUUCAUUCGUAUUCAAAGAACUGUUUGCAUUUUUUUUUUGUAAUUUUUAAAUUGAAACAAAAUGUAUAGCAAACGAUCUGAUGUCUCUGGAUCUGAACAAUGCAUAUUUGCAUAAACAUGUUUUCAUUUGUCUCAUUUUGAUUGUAUUUUUAUUUUGUGAUUGCUUUAUUUUUGCAACAACCAGGAAAUAGAAAUGGUUUUAUUUUUGAAUACGAUUGUUUAUAUUUUUUCUUUAAUUACGAUUUAUAUGAUAUAUACAAUUCAGAAAGUAUUGUAAAGGAUAGUUUGCAAAAAGAAUGGCAUCUUGAGAAAUAUAUAAUUUAUAGUACUGUACUUUGGUUUAAACAUGUUUGUAAGAUAGACAUUAAAAUGUAAAGGGCAAAACAUUAUGAUGUAAACAGACAUGAUAUUUAUUAUUUUUUCGGGUAUUGACAUAAUUAUGUCUUUUUGUGCAAUAAUGAUAUUUUUUGGCAUGUGACAAGGCAGACAGUGUUAACACUAAUUCCGAGUUAAAAUGUUGUCCAUCCUCAUCGUUUCUUGGAACUUUGUUUCUUGGUUCUAAGAAGUUUUCCUGUACAUGACCGUGUGAAGUAGACAAAAGGCAUAAGAUUGGAUAAAGUUUGAUACCUUUAUACAUACUUUUGAUUGUAAAUUGUCUUAUUAUUUAAUUUUCAUUUAAUUAAGGUGUCUCAAACAGUUAGUCCAUUCUCUUUUUUGGUCUGUGAUACUUAAGUCGUCAGCUGCUAAUCAUAUUAUUCAGACACUAUUCGAAUCAUUGCAAUGAUUCACUCAUACAUAGCAAAAAUGAAACCUACAUGUAUUGUACUUAGAUUUAAAAUGGCAGAAACAGCAGCAAUUAUCUGGAUAGUCUUAUUGAUCAAAUUUCAUCGACAGUUAGAUUUCAGUGUAUUAUUCACAUUUUUUUAUGAAAUUUACGACAAUUCAUUUUUAUCUGACAGUUUUUUUUCAAACAUUCCCAAAAUGGAUUGCAUUAUAACAAUACAGAAAACUUAAGGUAUGGUUUGUUACUAAAAAUGCUACUACCAAAAUAUCACUAUACCAAUACACGUACAUAUAUACAUUUAGGAUUUUUUGCUAAUAUUUAGUACCUUAAUAUUUUGACUCUUGUUGCUUGUUUGUUAUAAAUUCAUGUUUUCCAAUCUAGUCCACAAUUUUACAGUGAGAGUGUUUUACUUUGUCAGGGAUCCGGACAUUCCUUGUUAAAUAUGAAAACUGCAUUCAGUUCAGUAACAUUCCUUAAUAACUGGCAUUUACAGUGUAUUUUUUGUGUAAGAACACUUGUUUUUGCUGUUACUCCCUUUUUCUACAACUAAAUAUCUGUUAGGAAUCAAGUGAUUUUUUUUUUCAUUUACAUGAAAUCCUAUUCCUUUUUUCUUUUCUUUUCUUUUUUUUUUUUUUUUUUUUUUGAGCUCUGUAUUUUUCACUGUUCAUAGAUAUUUGUCUCAUUCCUCAUCAGGGUGGCUUUUGAAUUUUAGAUGUCCACCCCAAAGAAAGAAUGCUUUCUGAAGACAUUUACAUACAUGAAUGUUUACAUUUAUUCUGUGUGUGUUGUAUAGUGAUCAUCAGUAUUGCCUGGUCUACACAAUUUUAUGCAGACAUCAUUGCCUAAAGAUUAUAUUAUACUGCCUUACAAUAAACAAUUGAGCAUGCAAGAACAUGAGAAAGGUUCUUUUUCUGGUUAUUUUUUUGCAUUUGUGAAUAAAUGUGGAAGGAAGUUACA